AUGGUUUCCCCUACACUUACUUGGUGGACCUUAAUUGGUCUUAUAAGAGCCUUUGUCGGCCUUGCUCUAGCUUUUGUCCUUCUAUGUGGAUCAACCUUGGGGUUUUUCGCUUGGAAACUUUAUCAUGUUUUUGGACUUUACUUGCCUUGUCCUUGUUCUGGGUUUCUUGGGUACCAAAAUAGCAACCUCUGCUGGCAUAACCUUCUCAUUCAAUUCCCAGUAUCAAACAUUCAUUCUGCUCUUAAACUGCCUUUCAAUAGGUUCCCUUUUAACUUACUUUGGUUCAACGAUCAAGACUGGGAUUUGGAUGCCAAGUCCAUUGAAUUGCUGGGUGAAGCAUGUCCUACUUCACCUUCAGGUUUAAGAUUGCAAACUAUAGUGAAUAAAAAAAAGAGUAGUUCUGAUGCCAAGGGGAAGAAAAGUAUAUAUCUGAAGCAUAAAUCUAAAGUUCAACGAGGUAGGAUAGCUGCUUUUGGCUAUCGAAAGUCUGCUAAUUUCUCAGUUGCAGAUGCUUCAUCUGUUGAUGGAGGUGAAACAAUGAUUGAAAAUUGGGGUCUAGUUAGUGGAAUAGAAGAUUGUUUUCCUGAUGAUAAAAACACUCAAUCUGGCAAUGAUUUGAGUGAGGCAACCUGGCAUGGUUUUGAACUGAGCAGUGUAGAGGGAAAAGGUAACACUAAUGAAAAAUUUGAGGUUACCGGAGAUGAGGCAAAUCGGUUCAAAAUAUUGGAACAAGCUAUAAAAGAAGAAAAAGCUGCAUGUGCUGCUUUACAUUUGGAGUUGGAGAAAGAAAGGGCUGCUUCUGCUUCUGCUGCUGAUGAAGCUAUGGCAAUGAUUUUGCGUCUACAAGAGGAUAAGGCAUCGAUAGAAAUGGAAGCAACGCAGUAUCAAAGGAUGAUAGAAGAAAAAAUUGCUUAUGAUGAAGAAGAGAUGAACCUUCUAAAAGAGAUCCUUGUCGGGAGGGAGAAGGAGAAUCACCUUUUGGAGAAAGAAGUUGAAGCUUACAGGCAGAUGGAUACACGUAGAGAUGAGCCAGAGGAGUGUGAUUUUUUUCGACACGAUGCAAAUAAAGGGGGACAAAUUCCUUCAGUUUCACUUGGAUUAGGUGAAGAUCCGUUGCUGAUGGGAAACAGUGGAUCCACCAGGAAGAAUGAAGUGGGAAAAGGUUCUAGUUGGCCUUCGGAAUUUGACACUCCAUCAUCUGAGAAAUUAAGUCAUACUGUGGUUGUUAAUUUAACUGGGAAAGGAAAGGGACAAGAUGAUGAUGAUACCAUAGUAUGUCAAGCAAUAACAAGAAAAACUUCCCCAAGUUUUGGUGGCACUUCUUUAAGUGUAGAUGAGCUUGAGAGAAAUUCGGACUUUGGUGAGCCACUAGGCAGAAAUCUACACAAUUCCACAUUUGAUAUGGAACCAACUGUUUAUGAUGUCCAUGUUAUUGAUGAUAACAAAGAAAGUCCUAAGGAGGAGAAUAGUAAAAAAAGUAAACUGCCAAUUGGUUCUGCAUCAGACCACAAAACCUUUCUAUAUGACUUAGAGAGGAGUUCUGCAGUCAGUAACGAAAGGCUGGAGAUUGAUGCUGAAAUUGAACACCUUACAGAGAGGCUACAAAUAGUUGGAGGAGAAAAAGAGAAGCUGACUUCCUUUGCAGAUCAGAGGGAAAGGAUAGAUAUCCUAUUGAAACUCAUCAAGGAGCAGGUGAAGCAGCUUCGAGAAUUUCAGCGGCUAAAGGAGCCUGUUCAACUGACUUCUUUACCUCCUUUAUCUCCAUCCUCUAAGGUCGUUAGAACCGGGUUUAAUUAGCAUUCAAUCUUCUGCAGAAAAUGAGAACAACUCUCAGCUCCACUAAAAGACGCAGCUGAAAUGCAUCGGUUGAAAUCGAUGAUAGUGCCUAAGCCAGGUACAGUUGUUAUCACAACUCGGAAAAAUCAUCCCAAUUGCUCCAAGGUUCGCCACCAGUCCCUUUCGAGUUAGUUCGUAAGUUGUCGGUAAAAUCCGUAAAACAUAGAAGUUAGCGUGUGGAAGGUAGUUGAUUUAGUUGGUGUUUGAUGCCUUGCCUGCUGAAAAAAAUGCAUGUAAACCUUUAAAUAUUAUGUUACUUUCAAUUGAAUUAGAGUAGCUUCAAAGUUGUCUCUGGUUGACCCCUCAAAUGUUGGUCCCACCUAUAAAUAAAUAAUCAAAGGCCAACUUUGAUCACUGGUUUGUCAUCUUUCUUGGCUUCGAGUACAACGGGUUAGGCCAAGGAGCUGCCUAUGGAUGUAAUUAUUGUUUGAAAAGGAAAAUGUACAAACAGAAAAGGACAAGAAAAGUUGACAUUAUGUGGUCACCAUCUUCUUGAUGCAAUCUUUAUGAUUAGAAGAAUGUAGUUGGGAGCUAGGACUAAAUUCCAUGGUUGACUUUGUUUAUUUGCCUGAGCCCCGAUGGAUCACGUCGACUUAAGCUUCUACCCUGUAAUUUCAGGAUUAGAAGUGAAGUAUUCCACCAUAGGUGAAGAUGUAGUUCAUUGAUUCUAACACUAUAGCAGUCAUAAUGAUUAAAAUUUGUGACUUCGAAUCCUAAACUGUAAUGAUAAAUGUUAAAAUUAUAGUUUAUUUAUUUAUUA